AUGCAAGGUGACUCUCGCCGAGUCCCAACCUAUCAGAAUUUCCCCGGCGGAAGGUCAUUUACAGAUCUCCUUGAUGUGUUUCCGCCGCACCUAGUCUUUCGGAGGCGGAUGAUGGUAUCUAGUGAAGACCGCUACGAGUAUUCGAGCUGGGCCGACCAUUUGCGCAAAGCUGAGACACUUUGGAAAAUGGAUAAUAGGGCAGACCAUAAUGACUGGGCUUUGGUGUAUACUGAGCUCGAGCAACUGUUCAAUCUCAACCCUGGCGAUGAGGCAGGUCAAAAGCUUUUCAAGUUGUGGUACAAAAGCACAAUCGCUCGGGAAAUAUCACUAUCCAGUCUCCCGCCCAUGCACGUGGCAGCUCCGUUGGGUUUGUGUGGCUGGGCAGAGCACCUACUCAAGAAGAGGCAAGCAGACCCCAACGAGUCUGUUGAGCUUUUUCACAUAGUGUUUGAGGGGCCGAUGGCUUUUUAUCCCCUGCUAGUCGCAAAAAACAUGCCAAUGCUCCGAUUGUUGCUGGAAAACAAAGCCGACAUAAAUGUCGGCAAGGAGAGUGCGCUGCCAAUUUUCCUGAGCUUAAUGUUUCAAGACUCGAGUCUUGAGUCGCUGAGAUUGAUGCUGCACCACGGAGCUGAUCCUACGGUGUCAUCAUUCCAUGGCUUCGAUGCGUUUCACCUUUUCGCAGCAGUGGGAGAUGACCCAGAGGCGUUGCAGCUCUUGCUUGACCAUAGCCCGCCCGACCACAAACUCGGCAUCAAUGCUGCUGCUACCGACGAGUCGGUGCAAAAUUUCACGCCACUGCACAUUCUGUUUGCGAGGAAGGAUGGAAACACACCUAUAAACUUGCUGCGAGCCUUUGUGGAGUUCGGAGCAGACGUGAAUGCGGAAGAUUCUCAGUCAAUGCGGCCGCUCCAGAAGGCAAGUGCUUCGGGGGAUCUCGAGGUGCUCAAACCUCUGUGCGAAAACCACAAAAUCUCCGAGAUUGAUGAUGGGGGCUCUGGAGGUAGGACCGCGCUCCACACAGCGGCCGGAAAUAACCAUGCAGAUUGCGUCCAGUUCCUGCUCAGUCUAGGUGCAAAUGCCACAAUAGCAGAUGCGAAUGGCAGCACCGCGUUGCACGUCGCUACAUCUGAAAGCCAAGUCGACGCCGUUGUCUGA